AACAAAAUAUUUCGUUUAUGGCAUAUAAGAAGCAGCACAAAUACUAAACUUGUCUGCCGCAUUUGCAAAAUAUUUAAAAAAAAAUUUAAACGUCAAAUAUGAAUUUUUUAAGUGCAAAACAUAGUGUACAUAUAGAAAUAUGUCUUAAGCCAACUGAAAACCGCAUAGAGGCAUUGGAAAAGCUGCUUGAUGCACCUGUGCGUGAGUACAUUGCUUUGGCGAACGUGCCGCUGGGACAGUCGCUAAAAAUUGAUGAGACAAUUAUAGCGAAAAAUAGCACGCUGGAAGAUCUGAGAUUGGUUGAGUGCAUACUUGUGGAAUGUGAGGCCAAACGCAGUGGAGAGUUACUCACCGAAACGGAUUUGCAAAAUUUAAUUUUGCAUUUCUUUAGCCCACAAAGACGGGUAAUGGAAUUGGAGACGUUUGAUAUUGAGACAGGCGAUGGCGCCGAUGGCGAUGCAGUCCCUGCAUCCAGUCAUUGGUUGUUACCCUCCAGCAGCUUUUUGCAUUUAUGGGAGAAUUUAAUUUAUGAAGAGGGUUUGAAAGAAAAACUGGUUAAAUUCGCACUUUCGGCACUAACAUUCUCUCAACACAACGUAAAUCCGCACAUAAUUUCCUGCAAUCGUUUAUUACUAUUACACGGUCCUCCCGGUACGGGUAAGACCAGCUUAUGUAAAGCUUUAGCACAAAAGCUAGCCAUUCGUGUACGUCGCACUUAUCGCCACACACACUUAAUUGAAAUCAAUAGUCACAGUCUAUUUUCGAAAUGGUUUUCGGAAAGCGGCAAACUGGUAAUGCGCCUUUUUGCGAAAAUACGCGAAAUAGUUAUGGAUCCACAUAAUCUGGUAUGUGUGCUAAUCGAUGAGGUAGAAUCGAUGGCAUAUGCACGUGACUGCAUGUCUGGGCAAGAGCCAAAAGAUGCGAUGCGUGUGGUUAACGCCUUGCUAACACAGCUGGAUGCAAUUAAAGAGCAUCCGAAUGUUUUGAUACUAGCAACAUCAAAUUUAGCUGACACCAUAGAUUUGGCUUUUUUGGAUCGUGCUGAUAUCAAACAGUUUAUUGGUUUACCAAAUGUCGCGGCCAUAAAAUGUAUUUACGAAAAGAUGUUGGAAGAAAUGAUGCGUAUAGGAAUAAUAAAUGAACAAUCAUUAAAAGAGACUGAUCGGCAUGAAGGAUUGUUAACGGCGUUGGCAGAACGAAGUAUUGGCUUAAGCGGUCGCGCUUUGCGUAAACUUCCAUUUCUGGCGCAUGCAGUGCACACGGCCAGUUCAGAUUUUGAUAUGAAUCGAAAGAUUGAACUAAGUGAUUUUUUGGAUGCUAUGUUAGCUGCACUUGAGCAGCAUCAUGAAGAUCAGAAGCAAAUAAAAACUUAAGUUAAAUAAUUAUUUAAAAAAAAUCAGAGUAUCACGUAUUUUGUGCAUUAUAUAUACAUAAAUUAAAUUUAAGUCAUAUUGUUUUAAAAGAUUUGAAUCUAUAAUUUCCUUAUAAUAAAUAGGUGAAAGAAGGUUUGAAAUAUGAUCAAUAUUGGCAAGUUAAAUGUUAAAUUAAAGUAUCGUGUUGACAUUGAAAUUUUAAAGAGCGAGUUUCAUUAAAAUAUAUAAGUUGUUUUACACUUACCACUUAAAAAAAUUCUAGCAUUCAGUGGAAAAUACCUUUUAUUUGAAGAGAACUCAGUCGUAUUAUAAAUAAACCACUUUCAUAUACAUAUGUAUGUAAAAAUGAUAACACUAUAGCAAGGUAAAAUCCGAAAUUUUAUGUCCAUCAUUGAGGAUUAUUAACAACAAUUUACGAGGCUCGCUUUAAAAAGUUAAGCCAUUGCCGUAAUUAGGCCUUUUAAACCGAUAUUUUCCGCACUAGUUAAAUUAAUUUGUGUGUUUGAAAAUGUUAUUUGAUGGCGUUACUAUUUAUAUUAGUUACUUGUUUGUAUAAUAUUAAAUUGUGCCCACAAAUUAUUAUAUCAAAUUAUGUAUGGAUGUAUGUAUAUUAAGCGAAUUUUCAAUUUAACCUUAAAAAUAAUAAAGGAAGCACUUUUAGCGUGAAGGCUAUACAGCAAGCCUCAACCCUUUCGGUUGCAUAUCUAUUGUACAUAAACUUCAUAUAUUCAAAACCCUACUUAAGUAUGUACAUAUGCAUGACCAAGUCGUUUGCAACUAAAUAUAAAAUGCUGGUUGCAGCAUGGCAAAGUUUAUACAAGUAAGCGAGUUUUGUAAUGACAUUACUAAUUUAAAAGACACCAUCUUAUAUUCGGACAAAUUUUACUUUAUGAGUUAUCCAUUUACUUAUGUAUAUUUUCGCGUCGAUGGCUAUAUACAAAUAACGAACAUAAAUUGCACUGCACUUAAUUUCAGUUAAAAAAUGCUUACAUUAUACUAAUUUUUACCGAUCAGAUUUUUCUACACGCGCGUACACGGAAAAGGAAAGAGGAAACUGAAAAAAAAAUGUCGGUGAAUAGUUUUUGGAAGGAAAUGGCGGUGAAGUAAGAACCGCAAUUAACUGUAAAAUUCAAAUGUAUGUCAUUAAAUGAGGGAAACGAAUAUAAUAUAUAUGGCGAUCAAGAGCGAAAUGAAACUAGCACUGUUCUAAUAUAUGUAUUUAUACAACUACAUGUGAACAUACGAAAAACGGUUCACUGGAAGUCGUUAAAUGGCUUAUGAGAUAUCUUAAAUUAGAGUAAAUCAAAAUGAAAGCAUAAUUUAAUUUUAAGAAAUAACUUAAAGCUUAUUGAAUGAAUAGAGGAAAUAUUUUGUUCUUAAAUCAAUAUUG